AUGUCGAUUCGAUCCCAAACCCUCCAAUCCUCAUCGACCUGGAUGCCGGGAGACCAACUGGCAGUCAGCAGCACCACCGGCCGCCAGCCAUCGCCUACCAGCCUUCGGGGAAGACUCCAGAGCCUCCGACGAACCACCACUUUAUCCAAGCCAUCCCAUUCCAACGAAUCGACAAGAGGACCACUAGGACUCAACCUCCUUCAUGAGCCGUCGGAGCCACGGGUAGAUUUUGUUUUUGUCCACGGCCUCGGCGGCGGCUCACGGCGAACAUGGAGCGCGUCGUCAGACCCAGCGUCGUACUGGCCCAAAGAAUGGCUACCUUCCGAGCCCGGGUUUCGACACGUUCGCAUCCACAGCUUUGGAUACGACUCGGACUGGACCAAGUCACAGCAAAGCAGCCUGACGAUGCAUGAUUUCGGUCAGGCGUUACUGGCAGAUCUGUACAAUUCGCCGCAUAUGAGGAAGAAUGGAAACACCCCUAUUGUCCUCGUUGCUCACAGCAUGGGAGGUUUGGUUGUGAAGAAGGCCUACUUGAUGGCAAGACGAGACCCCAUCUACGCGGAUAUCGCCAACAGGAUCCACAGCUUGUACUUUCUCGGCACACCUCAUCGGGGCGCCGACUCCAGCGCGCUGAUCACCACCCUCCUCUCUAUGUCUAUCGGACCCGGCUCCAAGGCCUUUGUUAAGGAGAUGAUCCCCGGGUCUGGGACGCUCCAAAACAUCAACGAUGAGUUCCGGCACGUUUGCAGCGACGUCGGGAUAUGGUCGUUUUUCGAGGGCCUUCCCACUUCCACGGGCCCUUCUAACACGAUCAUCGUCGAAAAGGAGUCAGCGGUUAUGGGCCUUCCUCGCGAACACACGCAAUAUCUGCAGGCCAACCACCGCCGCCUCGUCAAAUUUGACUCACCUGAAGAUCCCAAUUAUAACAUUCUAUUACGCAGCUUCAACACAACCAUCGAAGAGAUCGAGAAGCAUUACACUGCGGAAAAGUCCGAGAGCCACCGCAUCCAAAUGAAGCAGCUCGCUCACGCCUUCGACGUAGCCGAGCGUCCGGACGGCGACUUCAUCCGCAUGCUAGACAAGCUGCACACAGGCUCCUGCGAAUGGCUCACAGGCGAUGAAGCCUUCCAGGACUGGCUUGAGUGCGACCCCAUGUACGCCGCACCCGACACAGGCAUCAAGACCAUCACCUCGGGCCCCGCCAAGGACACGCCUCGGUUCCUAUGGCUCAAUGGCCCCCCCGGCUCCGGCAAGUCUGUCGCGUCCGGGCACGUCAUCCGAUACCUCGAGUCCCUCAACCUCGACUGCGCGUAUUUCUUCUUCAAGAGCAACGAGAAGCCGAGCCUGACGCAGUUCUUGCUGUCAAUGGCGCUGCAGAUGGCCGAGACGAAUUUCCAGAUCCGCCACACGUUCCUGGCCAUGAUGGAGGAGGGCGAGGGUAUUGACAGCCACAGUGACCAUGUGAUGGUAUGGAACAACAUCUUCCUCGGGCGCAUCUUCAAAAUGGCGAUGUCCCAACCGCAGUUCUGGGUUAUCGAUGCGUUAGACGAGUGCCAAGCCCGUUUGUUGGGCACGCUCAUGUCCAUGUUCUCGAGGAUCGAACCGAACGUGCCGCUGCGGAUCUUCAUCACUAGUCGGCCAAACGGGCAUGUGGAGCGGCUGCUGAACCAAGAGAGAAUCAUGCGGACCGAGAUGCACACGGGCCAGGCGGAAUCGUUACGGGAUAUCGAUGCAUUUGUCCGCUCUCGGCUGUCGCCGAGCAUCAUUGAGGACUUCAACGCUGAGGACGGCGAUUUGGUCGCAGAGAUCAUCGAAAAGUCCAAUGGGAUCUUCCUCUGGGCGUCUCUCAUCAUGACCCGCCUCGAUGAGGCGCACAGUAUCGAGGCCAUGCGCACAACGCUCGACCAGGUCCCUACCGAGAUGAGCGGCAUGUACAGCGGAAUCCUAGAGACCAUUGCCGAGUCGCCCAACGCCGAGCUCGCACACUGCGUGCUGAAGUGGGUCGUCUGCGCGCGCAAGCCUCUCACGACGGAAGAGCUGCGCGAGGUGGUACGCCUGGAUAUCAACCAAACGUUGCGAACGGCUGACCGCUUCGCACAAGUGUGCGGGAACCUGAUCACGGUCGACGAGAAUUACGUGCAGGUCAUGCACCAGACCGUCAAGGAGUUCCUCACGGGGGAGCAGAGCGAUUACUACAUCCCGCGUUCGUGGUCACACGCCCGUAUCGCCGAACUAUGCCUACAGCAUCUUAACAGCCGCAGCUUUAGCCCACCACGGACACGUCGCGUGGUUGCGGCCGCGGUCAAGGUCGACCCGAGGGAGAAUGGCAGUAGCAGCAGUAGUAGCGCCAACGGUGCCGUCAAGCCGGGUGCCUUUGACGACUACGCAGCGAGCAACUUCUCCUACCACCUCGCGCACUGCUCCCCGUCCGAAAAUACCCUCCACCUGUUGCCCCUACUAGGCACCUUCUUCGGCACGAAUGUGCUGACGUGGAUCGAGCGCGCUGCACGAACCGGCCGCUUGUCGCUACUCACCCGCACCAUCCAGAACCUGAAGGGCUAUUUGACUCGCCAGGUUGCCACCUCUUCCCCGCUCGACGCCAAUUACCAGCUCACGACGCGUUUUGUGGAUGAUCUCGUGCGUCUCUCGGCGAUCUAUGGCCCGAACUUGUUAACCACCCCGUCAUGUAUCCAUACGCUUGUGCCGCUCCUGUGUCCGAGGUCGAGUAUCAUCCACUGGAAAUUCGCCACGGGCGGAAGCGGACCGGGAGGUCCAUCAAGCAAAGGGAACGGACGAGGCGGCGGCAGUGCGGCCGGUGGGCAGAAACUGAAACAGCGCGUGCUAAGCUCGUUCAACAACGACUGGGACGAGCGACUCUCGUCACUUGCGUUCUCCUCGCGCGCACUGUCGAUCGCAUGUGCGGAGUCCUUCUUUGCGGUGGGCUUGGGUGACGGAGAGAUUCGAGUCUAUCGGCAGAGCACAUUCGAGCUGCUCUCGGCCCCACGCCACGGAGAGCCGGUCCGUCGUCUGGCAAACGGAAACUUCACAGGGGUCCUCCUGUCAGGCGGGCUCAGGUCGCUCAAGAUGUGGGGUGGGCCGCGGCAUGAUGUCCUGCUGUGGUCAACGACGGUGCCUGAUCAGCCACUGUCGUUCCGGUUUAGUCAGGACGAUACGAAGGUGUAUGUGCCGUUGCGAAGUGGGGAGGUGUAUGUGUUCCGGACCAAGACUGGGGCCAGGCUGGAUGCGUUGCCGAUCCUGGAAGAGGAAGCCUCGGACUCGGAGUCGGACGGGGGCGGCGGGGAACAGCAGCAGAAGCGAAUCACGCCCAUGCUGAUUCGGAUCAGUCCUAUGCUGGGCAUCGCGGCCAUCGCAUACAAGAGCUCACAUCUGAAGAUAUCGUACUAUGAUAGCGACGAGCGGGUGGAAGCGUUCGAGAAGGAAGGGUAUGAGGACGGGGGUCUUCCGCCGCAGGUGUUGGACGUGGCGUUCAAUGAAAACGCGGAGCAGAACCUGAUGGCGGUGGCGUACCAGGACGGGGACCUCGUUACCCUAGACCCAUGGACGCUACAACAGCAGAACGCCUAUCAUCUCAACGCGCACACGCUGGCAGCGUCGCCUGACGGUCACACCUUGGCGGCGGGUGACAGUGAGUGUGUCAUCUCGCUGUUUGCGUUCGACGGCUUGCGCUUGAUAUGUCGGAUCCAGUCUCUGGAGGAGCGUAUUAUGGGCAUCGUGUUCGCCUCGAACAACCUGCGGUUCUUCGAUCUUCGAGGGAACACAUGCAACGUGUGGGAGCCGGCGGUGCUCAUCAAGAAGAACCUGGCAGACGACACCUCGAGCGAGGAAGCGGACGACUACCUGAUGCCGGCAUCGAACCUCGUGUGUACGCGGAGCUUCGAGGAUAACAAGGCCAUCACGGUCAUGACGCAGGCGGGUGACAGCAAUUUUGUCUUUUGCGGCCACGAGGAGGGCUCGAUAACGGUGCACGACGUCAGCUCGGGUAAGGUGUGCGCCGAGUUCCAGUUCCAUGCCCGAAUGGUUGAAAUCCGCCACUUGGAGUGGAAUGCGAAGACCAAGGUGCUCUUCAGUGUGGAUGCGUCACGCCGGUGUAUCGCCACGAGGCUGACUCUACCGGCCGCGACAACGUCGAUAACUACGGCCGUGCAGAAGCAGCAGCAGCAGCUCAAACUACAGCAGUUUGAACACAUCCUCGAUUUCCGUGCGUCCGAUACCGUACUACAAGCCCUUGUCAGUCCCGACGGAUGCAGAUUCCUCGUCUCGACCCAGUCUGGGGAGGAACAGCACGUUUUUAAUGAGGAACGCAGCAUCACCCAGACCGCCUACUCACAGAAUAAAGCUCGAUGGCUAGCUCAUCCCACGGACCCGCAACAGCUUCUCCUGUUCGAAAGCGGUAGCAAGACCCUGCAUGUCUUCAGGUGGGAGGGCCUUGAGCGCCAAACACCUGAGUCAGGGAUCCCAAUUCACCUCCCACCCGAGAUGACACAAGUAUCCCCUGAGAUUGACCUCACAGAGGAAUGGCACUCGCGCUCCGGCCUCACUACUCUCGUCCAAACCCUCACUCUUCUGCAGUCAUCAUCUUCUUCCUCCUCCUACGCUUCCCAAACCACCGCCUUCCUCACCCUCGACCUAGCCGUGCUCAGUGAACCCUAUCCCACCCACCUCCAAAUCACCUGUACCACCCGCCAGCUCGCGUCACCCAUCAAAUCGCUCCUGGGCAUACACCGCUCAAAUCUCUUCUUCGUCAGCGGGCGCGGGUGGGUGUGCUCCAUCGGCCUCAAAACGCUCAAGACUAGCACAUCAUACGUCCGGCAUUUCUUCGUGCCGUCGGUAUGGCAAACGGGCGGCAGCGCCGACCUAAUUGCGCGUGUGGUGUCCAAAGGUACGGUUGCGAUGGCACAUCGAGAUGAGGUUGUGGUACUACAAGGGUUUUUGGAGUUCGAGCAUAAGACGGCAUUUGGGGAGGAGGAGAGCGCUGGUGGGAGGGCGGUCGCGCCGGCUAUUCGGGGACCUUGA